AUGUCCCCAACCUCCAGGCAGCGGACUCGGUUAUGGAAUUACGCACAAAAGGGUCUGACCAAAUCUCUCCCUCGGGGAAUCGAACCCCGGUCUCCCGCGCUUAUCGGUAUUAAUGACAAGCGGAAAUCAUCACCACUAGACCAAGGAAGAUGCGAUGGUCGAGUUACUGCUCGGCCACUUGGCUGGUUGAUAGAGUAUACCAUGUCAAUAAAUCCAUCAUGA